ACUUUUCAACCUCUUACCGACCACUAGUUGAAAGUCCUGCUACCUGACCAGGUGUCGUACAAGAUCUCACAGGUCCCAAGAUGAAGCUGACUUUUCUCUUGCUUCUUGUCGCUGUUUGCGUGGCCUUUGUGAUGGCUUCUAAAGGAGAUAGAAGGCGCCAAGAUGAAGAAGACGAACGAGAACGUGGAACAAAAGACAAAAAGAACCGAGAGCCGCCCCAAAGUUUUAACCAUCACAAAGAUGACAGAAGACGCCCAAGUGAUGAGGGUAAACACCUUGGUGAGGUCAACAAGCCAAGCAACAGUAAAGAUGACAAGAAACAACCAGCUCAAGUCAGCCAACCAAGCAACAGUAAAGAUGACAAGAAACAACCAGCUCAAGUCAACCAACCAAGCAACAGUAAAGAUGACAAGAAACAACCAGCUCAAGUCAACCAACCAAGCAACAGUAAAGAUGACAAGAAACAACCAGCUCAAGUCAACAAUCCAAGCAAUGGUAAAGAUGAAGAAACCACCAGCUCAAGUAAAAAAGCCAAGCAAUAGCAAAAAUGACAAAAAGAAACCCAAUACAACCAACAAACCAAACAAUAACAAAGGUGACAAAAAGAAACCCACUUCAACCAACAAACCAAAUAAUAGCAAAGGUAACAAUAAACAACAAAAAAAGCUGAACGAGAAAGGCCGCGGAAAACAAGAGAAGGGCGCUGCACCGGAAGUCAAGACUCCAGUGUCAAACAACAACAAUGCUACCAAACCAGCAAGUUCCAACUCUAAGAAACAUUGACAACGACAGUUUCGUGUGACUGUAUCUCCAGUUCCUCCCACUGUUAAGAAACCAGCAACUGCCCAAAACACUAAGAAUAAAAGCUGAUGUCUUUAUCUCAUCAAGAACAGCCCUUGGCUUGUAACCCCCCCCCCCCCACUAGACUUUGGCAACAAAAGCCAGAAUGUAAUCAACCUUUCCCCAAAUUGUUCCAGAUAGGUAUAAUAAAUACGAAGACUGGUAUUUAUAGAAAAUGUUUGUAACUUUGUUCGUGGACUAUUGAACAUCAUCAAAUGUACCAAAACUAGUAAAAGUUGAUGUCACUGUCCAGUAACUAUAAGAAGUCUUAACAGCAAGACCAAGAAACAAAAGAAAACUGUUAGACAUAAAAGAUUGCUUACAUGUCACACGAAAGUAUAUUGCAUGAAUAAAGUUCUAAACUGUG